AUGGGUGACCCCGGGGUAGGCAAAUGGUUAAGAGAAGAUCAAGUAAAAGAAUUAGUUGAAGAUUUGAAUAGUAAAACGACAAAUUUAAAAUUUACAUUCGAAUUCGAGAAAAAUAAUAAAAUACCAUUUUUAGAUGUUUUAAUAGCAAUUGACAAAAUAAACAAAAAUUUCACAACCGGUUGGUUUCGAAACGAAAUAACAUCAAACUACCUUUUGAAUUUUCAUUCGAAUCACAAUUUAGCAAUGAAAAAUAAUAUCGUUAAAAAUAUGACAAAUCGUGUUUUAAUAGCCAACAAUGGUCAUAAAAAUGAAAAAGAUUUAAAUCAUUGGGAAAAAAUUUUAGAACAUAGUCAAUUUCCAAAAAAUAUUAAAGAUAGGAUUCAAAAAGAAUUUAAUGAUAAUUUAAUUAGAAGUAAUAAUGUUAACAAUAAUCAACAGAGUUCUGAAAACAUCAAAUUAAAACAUUUACAAAAACACUCUAAAAGUAUUGAUUCUAUUUUAAAUAAAACCAAAUUAAUUCCGCGCAAUAAGCUUGGUGCUAAGAAGAAAGAUUCUUCUGUUUUUGCUAAAAAUGCUAUUUAUGGUAUACCAGACAGAUGUGGAUACAUCUAUGUCGGAGAAACGGAAGAUUUUGAGAGACGUUACAAACAACAUAUGAGUAAUGUCAAAUAUCAUCGCGUUAAUGAAUCAGAAAUAGUUCAACAUUUGUUAGUUAGUAACAGUAGUUGUCGUAUUCAAUUUGAGAAAAGUUUAAUUUUUGAUAGAGAAGAAAAUAAAGAUCGUAGAAAAGUAUUAGUCGCAGUUUAUUCAAUAGCAAAUAAAUCAUAUAAUAAUAAACGAAUGAUAUGUAAUGAAUGGAAAGUUAGUAUCGGUAAAUGGAUAGGGGAAAAAUUAGGUAGUCUUUUUAGAACAAAAACAAAAAUAAUAAAUUCAAAUAAUAAUAGUCAUCCUAAUAGUCAUAAUAUAGUUAGUCAACAAGUAGUUUUAGAAUUACAACAACAAGGCAAAUAUAGUUUAAGAGCACAACCACGAGCGAAAUAUAAAUUUUAA